GCGGGGCAACGAAGGGACGUAGCGUCGCAGCGCCAGAUCUCGAGCAGCUGCUACGGAGCGGCUGGUCGGAUUGCCCCGCCAUGGCUGAAAGCGACUGGGACACGGUGACGGUGCUGCGCAAGAAGGGCCCCACGGCCGCCCAGGCCAAGUCCAAGCAGGCCAUUUUAGCAGCUCAGAGGCGAGGAGAAGAUGUGGAGACUUCUAAGAAAUGGGCCGCUGGUCAGAACAAACAGCAUUCGAUCACUAAGAACACAGCCAAGCUGGACCGGGAGACUGAAGAGCUGCACCAUGACCGGGUAACCCUGGAAGUGGGCAAAGUGAUCCAGCAGGGCCGACAGAGCAAGGGGCUGACACAGAAGGACUUGGCAACAAAAAUCAAUGAAAAGCCACAAGUCAUCGCAGACUACGAGAGUGGACGGGCCAUCCCCAAUAACCAGGUUCUUGGCAAAAUCGAGAGAGCCAUUGGCCUCAAGCUCCGGGGCAAGGACAUUGGGAAGCCGAUCGAGAAGGGGCCAAGGGCGAAAUGAACACAAAGCCUCGAAAUCAGUGUGUUCCGGCUGAUCUCGUCUGGCUGGUUGCCCUUGACCACCAGUACCAGCGUGGGUCUCUUCACCUGGCCAAGCGGAACAUGGGGGGGGGGUAUCAGCCCCACUUGGGGACUCCCCCACUUCCCCACCCAUACCUGCUGUCAAACAAACAAAACUAAACCUUG